AGGCUGAUCCCUGCGUGUUGAGAUAUGGGAGCGAGGCGGAAGUGUGGAGGGCGCCGAGAGGCGAGGUCGCGAUGAGUGGUCUAGGCAGACUCUUCGGGAAGGGGAAGAAGGAGAAAGAACCAACCCCUGAAGAAGCAAUACAGAAACUGAAGGAGACGGAGAAGAUACUGAUCAAGAAACAGGAGUUUCUGGAGCAGAAGAUUCAACAGGAGCUACAAACGGCCAAAAAGCAUGGGACCAAGAAUAAGAGAGCCGCCCUGCAGGUUUUGCGGAGAAAGAAAAGACUGGAACAGCAGCUGGCACAAACCGAUGGGACAUUAUCCACCCUGGAGUUUCAGCGUGAGGCGAUUGAGAAUGCCACCACCAAUGCAGAAGUGCUUCGUACCAUGGAGCUUGCUGCCCGAGGCAUGAAGAAGGCCUACCAGGACAUGGACAUUGACAAGGUAGAUGAACUGAUGGCUGACAUCACCGAACAACAGGAAGUGGCCCAGCAGAUCUCAGAUGCCAUUUCUCGGCCUGUGGGUUUUGGAGAUGAUGUGGAUGAGGAUGAACUGUUGGAGGAGCUAGAAGAGCUGGAACAAGAGGAAUUGGCCCGGGAGUUGUUAAAUGUAGAAGACAAAGAGAAAGAACCCCCAGUCAAAUUGCCUAGUGUACCCUCUACACAUCUGCCUGUAGCGCCAGCUUCCAAAACGGAUGAAGAUGAAGCACUGAAGCAGCUGGCUGAGUGGGUAUCCUGAUGAGUCUGGGCUUGUCUUCCUAAUAUUGCCUUUGUUGAUCCCUUUUCCUUAAGUGCCAAGUGCUGAGCUAAAGGAGCAUAGCUUUUUGGGGAGGUCCUGCUGAGGGUGGUAGUGUGACCCUGCCUGAAAAAACGGCCUGUUGCCCUCUGAGCCCUGCCUCGCCUCUGACGAAGAGUUGCUACAGAAGGAGCCCUGGGCUCCCUUCUCUUGGAUAGCAGUUCUGGUACCCUUGUUCCCAAUAAAAUCAGGCAGACAGAA